AUGCCUCGACAUCCGAUAGCAUUCUCAUUACCUUCACCUGCGCCUUCUCCACCCGACGCACCACGACCCGACCCAUCUCCUCUGCAGCAGGCCAUAUCGAACACCCUUUCUUCUACAGAUUACGACCUUGUUUCCUUACCUCUGACAAACUCUGCUUGGCAAGACAGAUGGGAAAGACUUUGUUUGAGACCGGUGGAAGAUGAGGAAAACUUUACUCCAGAACAGCUGGAAGCAAAGGAUAGAGAGAGGGAAAAGGUAGAUCUGGAAGCUGAUGUGUGGAGACGAGAUGGUGGUUUACGGAGAGAAGAAGUGAACGUUUGUAGAUUAGAAGAAUCUCAAGCUGUGAUUACUACAGCUGCUGAAUGGCUAGAACUGGAUAGUCCUGAUGAAGGAAUUAGAUUUGAUUCGGAGCUUGCUCUCCGAGCAGAAAUGGCACAAGCCUUGUAUCUUUCUUUGCCAGUCUUGAUUAUCCCUGCGCCAUCAUUGAUAAAUCGAGCUCAUCUACCAUCAUACGCACGAGCAAUAUCAAAUCUUUUACAGAUGGGUGGAUCAUCAGCUUUUACUCAAAUAUCAAUACGAAUACCUAUAUCUGAUCCUGUAGAACUUAUCACACAAGGUCCAGCACCGAAUCAACGUGAAUCAAUGAAUAUGACAAUGACAAUGACAAAUUCGAGUUCAGUAGGAAAUAAACAUAAACGAAUAAGCAGUUUAUCGACUAGACCAACUUCAAUGCAUCAAGCUCAAUUGAACCAAAUGAUUAACCAAGCAAAUUCAAGUAACACUACCACCACCAGUAGUAACAAUAAUCCUCAAAAUCUUAGGAUAGCGUCAGGAGCCAGCUCAACAAUGUCAGCUAAAAGUGUAGCUGCUGUUACAGGUGAUCCUAGUUCAACUUGGGAAAUGUGGGAUUGUAUUAGGACUUUAUGUGGAUAUCAUCCAAGGCUAUCAGUCACACUGGAUCUAGGAAAUCCCCUUCCACCUAGUGUAGGAGCAUUGGCAAGAUGGACCGCGGAACCUGUAAAAUACAUUUGGCUGCCCGCAGGCUCGUUCAUACCAAAUGCAAAGGGAUAUCCGGUAUUGAGCAAAGCCUGUCAAGCUUUCUUGAGGGGUAUGAGCAAGCAAAACCCCACAUACGUAUUGCACGGGACUACAAUGCAAAAACACACCGCUGGCGGACCAAAUGCUUACCUCCAAUAUGUUCGACACAUCACUUCCGCUCCUCCUGCCCCUAACGGCUUACCUCCUUCAGCAGACGAAUUCACUUCAGGAUAUGCAGAUUACCUGCAAGCUCCUCUUCAACCUCUGAUGGAUGAUCUCGGGAGUGCUACUUAUGAUGUGUUCGAGAGAGAUCCCGUGAAAUAUAGACAAUAUGAAGAGGCUAUCACGCUUGCUUUGGGCGAUUUGCCAGCCGGACAAACACACGUCGUGACUGUUGUUGGAGCAGGUCGAGGGCCCCUCGUAGCAUGUACUCUUCGCGCAUUAGUCAGAUCAAAUCGUCAAGCAAAUGUUUAUGCAGUGGAGAAAAACCCAAACGCUUAUAUCACAUUACAAGAACGGAAAGCUAUAGAAUGGGGAGAUCAAGUUGAGAUAUUCUUCGGUGAUAUGAGGACAGUCAACAUCCCUGAGAAAUGUGAUAUAAUGGUUUCUGAGCUAUUAGGAUCUUUCGGUGAUAACGAAUUGAGUCCCGAGUGUUUGGAUGGUGCGAUGAGAGUCUUGAAACCUACUGGUAUCUCAAUCCCUACGUCAUAUACUGCUCAUAUAGCUCCUUUAUCCUCUUCGAAACUUUUCCAUGAUGUACAUCAACCAACUCGUCCGGCUGGUUCGACCGAGACUCCUUAUGUCGUGAUGAUGUCUCAGGUCAACCUUAUCUCCGGAGAUGGAGGAGGAAUAUCUGGUCGAUGCGGAGAGAAAGUUCAACAAUGCUGGCAAUUUGAACAUCCAAGGAGGGAUCUGAUAUUGGACGCUACUGGCGCACCAGUGACCAAUACGCAUAACACCCGAUCAUCUCGACACGUCUUCCACAUCCCUCACGCGGCGACAUUACACGGUCUUGCAGGUUACUUUGAAGCUCACUUAUACUCCAAUGUCGGCUUAUCGAUUCAUCCAGAUAACGCUCAUCGUGUAUCACCCGAUAUGUUCUCUUGGUUCCCCUUAUAUUUCCCAUUGAAAGAAGGACUUUACCUUCCUUCCGGAUCAGAACUAGAAGUGAAUUUAUGGAGGUUAUGUGAUUCAAGAGGUAGAAAAAUAUGGUACGAAUGGGCAGUAGAAUCAUACUUAUCUGUUCCACAAAGCACGCCCUCUUCAGCUGGUAUGGGAGGAUUGACGCCAAAUGGAAGUAGACAUGUAUCUGCGUCUGGUCAUCCAGGCGGUCAGCCAAGUCCUCUGAUGGACGCCCCCUUUUCACCUGGUUUCGCCAGUCUAGUAGCGGGAGGAGGAUCAAAUCAAUCAGCGGGUUCAUCAAGUGGGGAAAUAAGUAGAGUGAAAAUCGGUCAAACUAGUUUACAUAAUGUUGGUGGCAUUCAUUCAUGGGUCGGACUGUAA